CACUGCAGCUGCUGCCAUUCCCCACCCCUGCUUGGGGAUGUACCUUUCCAUUUUUUGCUUCUUCCUCUGCUGGGCUCCUGCCCUGACACUGAAGAACCUGAAUUACUCAGUGCCAGAGGAGCAGGGAGCAGGCACGGUCAUCGGGAACAUUGGCCGCGAUGCGCGGUUGGCAACGGGGGCAGCAGGUGGUGGGCUGCUGCCUGCUGAGCGCAGUAGCCCUGGACGCGGAUCCAAGUCCACCUUCCGGGUGCUGGAGAACUCGGCCCCUCACCUCCUAGAUGUGGACGGGGAGAGUGGGCUGCUCUACACCAAGCAACGUAUUGACCGUGAGGCACUGUGCCGGCGCAGCACCAAGUGCCAACUGUCCCUUGAGGUGUUCGCCAACGAUCAGGAGAUCUGCAUGAUCAAGGUGGAGAUCCAGGACCUGAACGACAAUGCACCGACAUUCCCUUCUGACCAGGUGGACAUGGACAUCUCAGAAAAUGCUGCGCCAGGCACCCGCUUCCCACUCACCAGUGCUCACGACCCAGAUUCUGGGGACAACGGGCUGCGAACCUACCUUCUAACCCGUGAUGACUACGGCCUCUUCUCUCUUGAUGUGAAGUCCCGCGGUGAUGGCACAAAGUUUCCGGAGCUGGUCAUCCAGAAGCCAUUAGACCGUGAGGAGCAGAGCCACCACACUCUGGUGCUGACAGCACUGGAUGGUGGCGACCCACCACGCUCGGGCACGGUGCAGAUCAAUGUACGCCUCAUUGACUCCAAUGACAACAGCCCUGUCUUUGAGGCAGCCUCCUAUGUGGUUGAACUGCCAGAGAAUGCACCAUUAGGGACAGCUGUUAUUGACCUCAAUGCUACUGAUGCUGAUGAGGGCACCAAUGGUGAAGUGCUCUACUCCUUCAGUGGCUAUGCACCUGAUCGUGUCCGUGACCUCUUUAGCAUCGACCCACAGAGUGGCCUCAUCCGUGUCAAGGGCAACCUGGACUAUGAGGAGAGUGGUCUCAUAGAGAUUGAUGUCCAGGCUCGAGACCUGGGGCCCAACCCCAUCCCAGCUCACUGCAAGGUCACCGUCCGCCUCAUUGACCGCAAUGACAAUGCUCCCACCAUUGGCUUUGUCUCCGUUCGCCAGGGAGCACUGAGUGAGGCUGCCCCACCAGGCACUGUCAUUGCCCUUGUGCGAGUCACUGACCGUGACUCCGGUAAGAAUGGGCAGCUUCAGUGCCGGGUGCUAGGAGGUGGUGGUGGGCCUGGAGCUGUCCCUUUCACACUGGAGGAGAACUAUGACAACUUCUACACUGUGGUCACUGACCGGCCCCUGGACCGUGAGGCACAGGAUGAGUACAAUGUGACCAUCGUGGCACGUGAUGGGGGGAACCCCCCACUCAACUCCACCAAGUCGUUCUCUGUCCGAAUCCUCGAUGAGAAUGACAAUCCACCCCGCUUCAGCAAGAAUCUUUAUGUAUUGCAGGUGCCCGAGAACAAUAUCCCUGGAGAGUAUUUGGGCUCUGUCUUGGCUCAAGACCCUGACCUGGGCCAAAAUGGGACAGUCUCUUACUCCAUUCUGCCUGGGCACGUGGGUGACGUAUCCAUCUACACCUAUGUCUCUGUCAACCCAACCAAUGGUGCUAUCUAUGCCCUGAGGAGCUUUAACUAUGAGCAGACAAAGCACUUUGAGUUUCGCGUGCUGGCCAAGGACUCGGGUUCACCCCAUCGUGAGAGCAACGCCACAGUACGUGUCACUGUGCUCGAUGUCAAUGACAAUGCACCCCUCAUUGUCCUACCUGCCCUCAUCAAUGACACCGCUGAGCUGCAGGUGCCACGCAACGCUGGGGUGGGCUAUCCUGUGGGCACCGUUCGUGCCCUGGACAGUGACUUUGGGGAGAGUGGGCGCCUUACCUAUGAGAUUGUGGAAGGCAAUGAGGAGCACCUCUUUGAGAUGGACCCCACUAGCGGUGAGAUACGCACCUUGCACCCCUACUGGGAGGAGCUCAGCCCUGUGGCUGAACUAGUGGUAAAAGUCAGUGACCAUGGCAAGCCCAGCCUCUCUGCGGUGGCUAAGCUCAUUGUCAGGGCCUUGGCAGGGCCCCUACCCGAGGCUGGCGAGCCACAAGUGAAUGGCGAGCAGCAUCGGCGACCGCACUGGGACUUGUCGCUGCCCCUGAUCGUGACCCUGAGCACUGUCUCCAUCAUCUUGCUGGCUGCCAUGAUCACUAUUGCUGUGAAGUGCAAGCGAGAGAACAAGGAGAUCCGCACCUAUAAUUGUCGCAUUGCCGAGUAUAGCCACCCUCAGCUGGGAGGAGGGGGAGGCAGUGGCGGGGGAGGAGGAGGCAGUGGCAGUGGAGGGGGCAAGGGCAAGAAGAAGAAGAUCAGCAAGAAUGACAUUAUGCUGGUGCCCAGUGAGGGCGAGGACAGCCGGGGCCCCCUCAAUGUCAUGAACGUGGUGAGCAGCCCAUCCCUGGCCACCUCACCCAUGUACUUUGACUACCAGACCCGCCUGCCCCUCAGCUCUCCCAGGUCUGAGGUGAUGUACCUGAAGCCCGCCUCCAACAACCUGACUGUACCCCAGGGACAUAUGGGCUGCCACACCAGCUUCACAGGGCAAGGGACUAACGCCAGCGAGGCUCCCCCGAGCCGGAUGUCCAUAAUUCAGACAGACAAUUUUCCCGCAGAGCCCAAUUACAUGGGCAGCAGGCAGCAGUUUGUUCAAAGUAGCUCCACAUUCAAGGAUCCAGAAAGAGCCAGCUUGAGGGACAGCGGGCAUGGGGACAGUGAUCAGGCUGACAGUGACCAAGACACUAACAAAGGCUCCUGCUGUGACAUGUCUGUUAGGGAGGCACUCAAGAUGAAAACUACUUCAACUAAAAGCCAGCCACUUGAACAAGAACAGCAAGGCAGAGGCCAAAGACCCAUUGUUGGGAUCUGUGGACCAGCCCGUUGUGAGGAUGGAAAAUUUUCAGAACAAGAAGAAUGUGUUAACUGCACAGAUGAAUGCAGAGUGCUUGGUCAUUCUGACAGAUGUUGGAUGCCACAGUUCCCUGCAGCCAGCCAGGCUGAGAAUGCAGAUUAUCGCACAAAUCUCUUUGUACCCACAGUUGAAGCUAAUGUUGAGACUGAGACUUACGAAACUGUGAACCCCACUGGGAAAAAGACUUUUUGUACAUUUGGGAAAGACAAGAGAGAGCACACUAUUCUCAUUGCCAAUGUUAAACCUUAUUUAAAAGCCAAACGUGCCCUGAGUCCUCUGCUUCAGGAGGUUCCCUCAGCAUCGAGCAGCCCAACCAAGACAUGCAUUGAGCCUUGCACCUCAACAAAAGGACCUCUGGAUGGUUGUGAAGUGAAAUCAGGAGCCUUGGCUGAACCAAACAGCCAGUACUUGUCAACUGACAGUCAGUAUCUAUCGCCUAGUAAACAGUCAAAAGACGCUCCCUUCAUUACAUCAGAUCAGAUGGCUAGGGCCUUUGCAGAUGUGCAUUCCCGAGUGAGCCGAGACUCGAGUGAGAUGGACUCUGUUCUGGAACAGUUAGACCGUUCAGCCCGGGAUCUAGGCAGGGAGUCGGUGGAUGCCGAGGAAGUUGUGAGAGAAAUAGACAAGCUCUUGCAGGACUGUCGGGGAAAUGACCCUGUGGCCAUCAGAAAGUGAGGGGGAAAAUAAGGACAGGCUGGCAGUUACAUUCCUCUUCUGCUGAUUAAAACUAAUAAAAAAAAAAAUAAAAUCCCCUGGUUGUAACAGAUUUACAGGAAUGAAGGAAGACCAAUGCUGCUUUAAGGCUUUUAGUGAACAUCUGAAGUGCCCACAAGUAUGUUCUUUUCACUGCUCUUUCUUUUUGACAGAUAACACUGGUUUCAUUUUGACCAAACUUUCAUUAGGACAGAGUCAAGUACACAAAGAACUAUAUGAAUAAAGGAAAGACGGUGCCAUUUUGACAAUCUGAUAGAAAGGUGUGAGAAAGGUGGAAUGGAAAUACGUCUGAUACUUUAAGACUGUCCUCAAUAGCUGAUGCUGAAUUUACUGUUUACGUAUAAACCCCAAGAAAAACAGGGUUGAAUAUUUCUAUUCUGUGGUGGAUUGCCAGCAGUCACCACAGGCUUCUACAGAAAGUCCUAAAAGAGUUCUUGUAGUAGUCCAAGCGACACCAAACAUUAACAUUCAUUUGUGGUAAACAUUUAUGUACAAAGUUAUCUGCCACAAA